AUGGAAAAGAAAAUAAUAUUACUGAUUUUAUUUUUGUUCUUUAUAUCAGGAUAUUCAAUGAAUCCUCCAACACCAAUAGAUGCAAUAUAUGAUGAUAAAUCAUUUACAUUAAUUUUUAAUAGUAAUCUCCCAUAUUCUACCCGUUUAAUUUUGUAUAAAAACGAAAAAGAACCCAGAACUGAAAUGGCACCAAAUUAUUUCAAUUGUUCUCUAGUUGAUGGAGAGAGACAUUGUUUAUUCCAUUCAGAUGAACCAUUCUCAAGAUUAUGGGGUAGUAUAGACAGUAAGGUAUGUGUUAGAGAUAAAUCAAAUACUGUUGAGGAUUGUACAUUUGAUGCUUCGGGUUUAGUAUAUUAUCCAAAAGUAUACAAUUUGAAAUAUAGUAAAAAACCAAAAACAUCUGGUGAAGAUAUAGUCAUUACUGGCUCAUAUUUAAGAUUAUUUGGUGGUCCUAAUUUCCUUAUUAAUUCCAUUGAUGUAAAUAAACCUUUUGUUGUUAAAGGUAAUUUCUCUGAUCCAUCUUUUGACUGUAAUAAUAUUACUGUAACAUUUCCACCAGGAUCCGGAAAAUUUAGGUUGUACUAUGAUGAAACUGGGGAUAAUCCUGUACCAUUUUCAUACGAAUCGCCUAUAAUAUCAAGCUCUGUCUCAGACUCAUCAAAACAAAUAAUAACAAUUAAUGGUGAUAACUUCUUUACAGAUAAAGACUUGGUUAAGGUUUCUUUUGAUGGUAUUGACCAACCCAAUUUUAUCAUUUCAGUAAAUCAUAAACAAAUUCAAGUGAAUAACUAUAAUAGAGUUGAUCCCGGUCCAAUGUCUGUUAAUAUUACCGUAGAUGAGGUCUCAAUAGAAAAGAAUUAUAUUCAUUGUUUCCCAGCAAUAAUAACAUCAAUAUCAUCAGUAUCAAAUCAUUUAGAUGGUAUUGUUACAAUUAAAGGUGAAAAAUUAUCUUCAACUUUAAAUUCAUCAUUGACACCAUCAAUUACAAUUGGUGAUAAAGUAUGUAAAUUUAUUAAAUCAACAACAACUGAAUUGGAAUGUAAAUUGGAUGCAAAUGAAUUGGGUGGUAAAAACUUACCAGUUAACGUUAAUUUCGGUGGUUGUGAUUCAACAAGUCCUAAUGGUGUAUCAUUUACAUAUAAUAUUCCGACAUUAUCAAGUGGAUCAUAUUCUAAUGGUAUCGUUACAUUAAUUGGUACAAAUCUUGGUACAAAUAACGAAUCAUCCAUUCAAUUAUAUGGUGAUGGAAUUAAAAAUACAAACAUUAGCCAAUUUAAUGUAUCAUCAUCUGAUGAAAAGAGUGUAACAUUUGAAUUACCUCAUUUAAGAUGUAGAUCAUUUAAUAUUAAUUUCACUCGUUCUGGUAUUACCGCAAAAACACUUUCAAUUUCAGCAUCAUUAUCAGUAAAUGUAAUUAAUAGACCAACAGUAUCAAAUGGAAUAUUAAAUAUUGAAAUAUAUUAUAUGGAUUGUACAAUUAGUUCAUCAGCACCAAGUAUUACUGUUGGUGAUUCAUCAUCAGCCUCACCAUGUUCAAUACCAUCAUCAAAUUCUAGUUACUAUGAAACAACAUGUCCAACACCAUACGGUACUGGUAUUAAUAAACAAUUUAUAUUCAAAUUAAACUCAGAGACAGUCAGUGAUCAAUUCUCAUAUGCACCACCAGAAGUUGAGAAUCGUACAAUUUCUGAUGAUGGAACUAAUAUUGAAUUACACGGUAAUAAUUUUGGUAAUUCAACAUCAUUAAUUAAAGUUUAUUUAAAUGGUAGUGACAUUUCAUCAGAAAUUCAAGAAUUAGAAGAUCAUCAAUUAACUAUUAAAAUAUUGGAUUCAUAUGAAAAUGGCCCAAUUAAUAUUACUGUAGAUGGUAAUUAUAUGGAUUCAUUAUUUUAUUUAACAUUACCUCCUGUCAUUUAUCGUAUAACAAAUAAAGAUAAUAAAACACUUGCUUGUGGAGGUCUUAUCACAGUUUCUGGUAAGAAUUUAUUGACAAGUGACAAAGAAUUCAAAGUUAAUGUAAAAUCAAAUAAUAAAAAUACCACAGUAUUUGCUCAAGAUGAAAAGAUAUUAAUAGUUAGAGAUGAAAGUAGAGAGAGUUCACUCUUUGUUACAACAUUCAUUGGAGUUCGUUCAGGACCAAGUACAACAUUGACCUAUAUAAAACCAAUGAUUUCAGAAAUUCCAACCAUUGAAAAUAAAAUUGAAAAAGGUAUUUUAGCAAUAAUUCGUGGUUAUAGUUUUACAGAUAUUCUCAAUGCAAGCUUAACAGUUUCAUCAGAAACUGUUCCUCUUUCAUGUAAUUUAGAAUGUAGUUUAUCACCAAAUGAAAUACUUGAUGAUAGUGAUUCAAGUGAAACUAAUAUUACAAAUAGUAAUACUGAUUGUUUAUCAUGCCAUUCCGGUUCAAGUGUGAAAAAUACAUCAGGAGUAUUAUAUCUCCUAUUUAACUCAACAUCAUUUCAAUAUAAUGUCACAAUUGAAGAAAUUAAAUUAUCUCCAUCACCAAACGUUAGUCAAAGAGAUGUUGAAACUAAAUCAUCCAAACCAUCAAAUGGUUUAAUAAUAGGUUCUACAAUUGGUAGUGUUGGUGGUGCUCUUGCUAUCGGUGCUCUUGCCUAUUACUUUAAAAUACCUUUUCGUGUGAAAAAAUUUAUAGGUAAAAAAUUUUAA